AGAAGGCGGGCGGAAGCGGGACGCCGAGGUGCGGGAUUCAGUGCAGAGGCGGCUGUGGUGAGAAGGCCGCAGCUCUAAAGCGGGGUGAGCUGGUGGGAGGCGACCAGCAUGUGCAGGCAUCCGGGGAGCAGCUAGCGCUGGGCCUAGGGAUGAUCUUCACGGUCGCCCGCAACGCACUCCGGUGGCUGCAUUGGUCCGGAGGCCGGACCUUGCCCUCUUCCGCCAUGGAGGUGGUCCUCCGAGGCGUGCGGAAAGUGCUCUGUGUGGCGGAGAAAAACGACGCGGCCAAGGGGAUCGCUGACCUGCUUUCCAACGGUCGCAUGAGGCGGAGGGAAGGACUUUCUAAAUUCAAUAAGAUCUAUGAAUUUGAUUAUCAUCUGUAUGGCCAGAAUGUUACCAUGAUAAUGACUUCAGUUUCUGGACAUUUGCUGGCUCAUGAUUUCCAGAUGCAGUUUCGCAAAUGGCAGAGCUGCAAUCCCCUUGUUCUCUUUGAAGCAGAAAUUGAAAAGUACUGCCCAGAGAACUUUGUAGACAUCAAGAAAACUCUGGAACGAGAGACUCAGCAGUGCCAGGUCCUGGUGAUCUGGACCGACUGUGAUAGAGAAGGUGAAAAUAUCGGCUUUGAGGUUAUCCACGUAUGCAAGGCUGUAAAGCCCACCCUGCAGGUGUUGCGAGCCCGAUUUUCUGAGAUCACCCCCCGAGCCGUUAAGACAGCCUGUGAAAACUUGACCAAGCCUGACCAGAGAGUGAGCGAUGCUGUGGACGUGAGGCGGGAGCUGGACUUGAGGAUCGGAGCUGCCUUCACUAGGUUCCAGACCCUGAGGCUUCAGAAGAUUUUUCCCGAGGUGUUGGCAGAGCAGCUGAUCAGUUACGGCAGCUGCCAGUUCCCAACACUGGGGUUUGUGGUGGAGAGGUUUAAAGCCAUUCAGGCUUUUGUACCAGAAAUCUUCCACAAAAUUAAAGUAACUCAUGACCACCGAGAUGGCAUCGUAGAAUUUAACUGGAAAAGGCAUCGUCUCUUCAACCACACAGCUUGUCUUGUCCUCUAUCAGCUAUGCAUGGAGGAUCCCAGGGCAACUGUGGUGGAGGUCAGUUCCAAGGCAAAGAGCAAGUGGAGGCCUCAAGCUUUGGACACUGUGGCACCAGGAUACAUCAGCUAUCCAAGAACCGAAACAAACAUUUUCCCCAAAGACCUAAACCUGACAGCUCUGGUAGAGCAGCAGACCUCAGAUCCACAUUGGGGGGCCUUUGCCCGGAGCAUUCUGGAGCGGGGUGCCCCCACCCCUCGCAACGGGAACAAGUCCGACCAAGCUCACCCUCCCAUCCACCCCACCAAAUACACCAGUAGUUUACAGGGAGAUGAACAACGACUCUAUGAGUUUAUCGUUCGCCAUUUCCUAGCUUGCUGCUCCCAGGAUGCUCAGGGGCAGGAGACCACCGUGGAGAUUGACAUCGCUCAGGAACGUUUUGUGGCCCAUGGCCUCGUGAUUCUGGCCCGAAAUUAUCUGGAUGUGUACCCAUAUGAUCGCUGGAGUGACAAGACCCUCCCUGUCUAUGAGAAAGGCUCCCGCUUUCAGCCCAGCACUGUGGAGAUGGUAGAUGGGGAGACCAGUCCACCCCAGCUGCUCACUGAAGCCGACCUCAUUGCCCUCAUGGAAAAGCAUGGCAUUGGUACGGAUGCCACUCAUGCGGAGCACAUCGAGACAAUCAAGGCCCGGAUGUACGUAGGGCUCACCCCAGACAAGCGGUUUCUCCCUGGGCAUCUGGGCAUGGGACUUGUGGAAGGUUAUGACUCCAUGGGCUAUGAGAUGUCUAAGCCUGACCUCCGGGCUGAGCUGGAAGCCGACCUGAAGCUGAUCUGUGAGGGGAAGAAGGAUAAAUCUGUGGUUCUAAAGCAGCAGAUCCAGAAAUACAAGCAGGUCUUCAUUGAAGCAGUGACUAAAGCUAAAAAGUUGGACGAGGCCUUGUCCCAGUAUUUUGGGAAAGGAUCAGAGGUGGCCCAGCAAGAAGCCAUCUACCCGGCCGUGCCAGAGCCUAUCAAGAAGUGCCCACAGUGCAACAAGGACAUGGUCCUCAAGACCAAGAAGAGCGGCGGGUUCUACCUCAGCUGCACGGGUUUCCCGGAAUGUCGAUCCGCCAUGUGGUUCCCUGACUCUGUGCUGGAGGCCAGCAGGGAUGGGAGUGUGUGUCCCAUGUGUCAGCCACACCCUGUCUACAGGUUGAAGUUGAAGUUUAAACGUGGCAGCCUUCCGCCGACCUUGCCUCUGGAAUUUGUUGGCUGCAUUGGUGGAUGUGAUGAGACCCUGACAGAGAUCUUGGACCUCAGGUUUUCACAGGCCACCCCCAGAGCCUGCCCGCCAGCCCCCCAGCCCUCUGGCUACCUGCAGGCUAGCCAGUCCUUGAACAGAAUGGACAGCCAGCAUAGCCACCCCCAGCCUCCUGACACCAGGCAGGCCAGGCCCUCCAAGGCUCCAGCCAACAAUCCACCACCGCCCACUACUGCUGCUGAAAGCAACUCUGUGACCUGCAACUGUGGCCAGGAUGCCCUGCUGCUCACUGUCCGGAAGGAGGGCCCCAACCAGGGCCGGCAGUUCUAUAAGUGCCAUGGUGGCAGCUGCAGCUUCUUCCUGUGGUCAGACAGCAGCCACCCAGAAGCAGGAUGGACUCCCUCCUCCACAUCAAGACCCCCAGGUGGCUCCCUGGGGUGUCCAUCGGGCCCGGGGAACCACCCAGGCGGGUUUGGCAGACCCGGUGAUAAUCGUGGAGGUGGCACAUCCUGCCUGUGCAGCCAGCCUGCGGUCAGACGGACUGUGCAGAAGGACGGACCCAACAAGGGGCGUCAGUUCCACACGUGCUCCAAGCCAAGAGAGCAGCAGUGUGGCUUCUUUGAGUGGGUGGACGAGAACGUGGCCCCAGGGACUUUCGGAACUCCACCCCGGCCAAGAGGCAGAGGAAGAGCCCAGGGACUGGAGUCCAGAAGCAAAAGAGCCCAGUCCAGCUCCUCAGACACAGGGUCCACGGCCAAGAAACCCCGUAAAUGCAGCCUCUGCCACCAGCCUGGCCACACCCGUCCCUUCUGUCCUCAGAACCAAUGAGGGCAGGGUAGGGGAGAAAGGGCCACUUCCUCAGACCUGCCCCUUUUGUCUCAGGAAUGAAUUGUUUUCACUGGGACCAGGUGGUCCUUCACUGCCCUGG